UCCGCUUCAGCAUCUUUUGGGAGUGGUGACAGAGCCACAGAGGGCUGUGAGCUUGCCCAGCCCCAGGUAACGCUGGCGGUGGGUGGGCCUCCAGCUUGGAGCAGAGACCCCCCAGGCAUCUGCAGACAGAGCUGGAUGGACCCAUGAAUACGGAUUUAGCUGCUGGAAAGAUGGCUUCUACUGCCUGCCCCAUGGACCCCAUCAACAGCUUUGAGCUCCUGGAUCUCCUGUUUGACCGGCAGGACGGCAUCCUGAGACACGUGGAGCUGGGCGAGGGCUGGGGCCACGUGAAGGACCAGCAGGUCCUGCCAAACCCCGACUCUGACGACUUCCUCAGCUCCAUCCUGGGCUCUGGAGACUCACAGCCCAGCUCCCCACUCUGGUCCCCCGAAGGCAGUGAUAGUGGCAUCUCCGAAGACCUCCCCUCCGACCCCCAGGACACCCCUCCACACAGUGGACCGGCCACCUCCCCCACCGGCUGCCAUCCUGCCCAGCCCAGCGAGGGGCCCUGCCUCUCCUAUCAUCCUGGCAACUCUUGCCCCACCACACCCCCAGGGCCAGUGAUCCAAGUGCCUGAAGCCUCUGUGACCAUAGACCUGGAAAUGUGGAGCCCAGGAGGAAGGAUCUAUGCUGAGAAGAGGGCUGAUCCGGUGGACCUGUCCCCACGAUGCAAUCUCACCGUGAAAGACCUCCUCCUUUCGGGCGGCAGCGGGGACCUGCAACAGCAUCACCUGGGGGCCUCCUACCUCCUGCGACCUGGCGCUGGGCACUGUCAGGAGCUGGUGCUCACCGAGGAUGAGAAGAAGCUGCUGGCUAAAGAAGGCAUCACCCUGCCCACUCAGCUGCCCCUCAGUAAGUACGAGGAGCGAGUGCUGAAAAAAGUCCGCCGGAAAAUCCGGAACAAGCAGUCGGCCCAAGAAAGCAGGAAGAAGAAGAAGGAAUAUAUCGACGGCCUGGAGACUCGGAUGUCAGCUUGCACUGCUCAGAAUCAGGAGUUACAAAGAAAAGUCUUGCAUCUCGAGAAGCAAAACCUGUCCCUCUUGGAGCAGCUGAAGAAACUCCAGGCCAUUGUGGUGCAGUCCACCAGCAAGUCAGCCCAGACGGGCACCUGUGUUGCGGUCCUGUUGCUGUCCUUUGCCCUCAUCAUCCUCCCCUCCAUCAGCCCUUUUGGCCCCAACAAAGCCGAGAGCCCUGGGGACUUUGCGCCUGUGCGAGUGUUCUCCAGAACUUUGCACAACGAUGCUGCCUCCCGCGUGGCCGCUGAUGCUGUGCUGGGCUCCGAGGCCCCAGGCCCCCGACCCGAGGCUGACACAACCCGAGAAGAGUCUCCAGGAAGCCCCGGGGCAGACUGGGGCUUCCAGAACACCGCGAACCUGACCAAUUCGACGGAGGAGCUGGACAACGCCACCCUGGUCCUGAGGAAUGCAACAGAGGGGCUUGGCCAGGUCGCCCUGCUGGAUUGGGUGGCACCUGGGCCGAGCACUGGCUCAGGACGUGCAGGGCUGGAGGCGACGGGAGAUGAGCUGUGAGCCCCGCCAGGACUAUGCUCCCAGGCCCCUCUGCCUAGGGGUGCCUUGGGGAUGCUGCACUGGACAGCGACCCACCUGGGGAUGGGACGUGAGGCCAAGACCCCAGCAGAGACGCCAGAAUGGGGGAGGCGCAGCUCAUAGCCACACACCCAGGGCCUGACUGAAGCCCACGCAGGAACCGACACUUGGACACAUGGCAGAGAGAGGGCCACAGGACCCGGGAAAUACACACAGAGCCAGAAGCAGAAGCAAAGAGCAGACACACAUACAGCCUGAAACAGACCCAGACAGACAGACACAGCCUGAAACAGACCCAGACAGACAGACCGACACAGCCUGAAGCCGACCCAGACAGACAGACAGACACAGCCUGAAACAGACCCAGACAGACAGAUACAGCCUGAAACAGACCCAGACAGACAGACCAACGCAGCCUGAAACAGACCCAGACAGAGAGACAGGCAGACACAGCCUGAAACAGACCCGGACAGACAGGCAGACAUAGCCUGAAACAGACCCGGACAGACAGACAGACAUAGCCUGAAACAGACCCGGACAGAUAGACAGACACACACACACAACAGAUGCCCAGCAACUCCCCGCCCAGGGACCCCUCCCGGCCUGCCUCGCACACUGGGAGGAGGAAGCCGCCGAGACUGCAGGGAGCCUGGCCCCGGAGCCCCGGGUGCGCCCUGGUCUUUGGAGCAGUCACGGCCCACAAUCACCCCUCUUUUCUAAGACUGCCUGAUCCGAAAUAAAGUAUUUUGACAGAACCCU